CAACAGUAUCAAGUCUCCGUCAUACAUUACCACUCGCCUUCAUCAUGCGCACCGUAUGCCUUUUCAUUGCCAGCCUGGGCUUCGCAUCUGCUUUCCUUGCCCCCGUUCCGUCCUUCACUCCCACGCGCAUUCGCACGACGCAAACCUCCAUGAUGCUUUCUCCUGAGGACAUUGCCACAGGAACUAGCAAUCUCUUGGCCAUCGUGAAGGAGAAUGAUGUCUUCGUGAAGAACGCUGGAGACUAUCCGUGGGGCUCCGUGCAAGCACCUGGCUGGGCUUUGCCCGUUGCGGCCAUCGCCACACUUUCUUUCGGUGUCAUCAUUCCUCUUGUCCUCAAGCCCGGCGUGGUGCCAAAGGGGCGGAGAAGAUAGCUUCCUCCACAAAAGCCUCAUCUCGCCCAGGGGCGAAGCCAGCAGCGGGGAAGGCUGGAAAACGUGUUAUGGCAAAGGGAGGAGUCCCUAAGAAGAAGUAAUUUCAUUGACUUGGAGUACGGGAUCCACAUUGCGAAGUGACCGAGACUUUCUCGGAGCACGGAAUGUGGCGGUAGGGAUGCCUGGAAUCCCGGGCCAAAAACGAAGUGAAGAGAAGUUCGGUUCUUGGUGUGUGCAGGCAGCAGAAAGAAAAUCACACACCCUGUAAUAGAUCUUUCAGCAGCCUUUGUUUGAAUUUUUGUACUUAAAUUAUUGUGAGCAAUGACUGACAUGUGAAGUUGAGCGAAGAAAAUUCGUGAAGCUGUCUACUGACUUUCGACAAGAGAAGAGCAACUUUCAGAAAAUAUUAUGACGAAAAGAAACUUUCACAGCGUGAUCGCUUUAUGAUGGAAAA